UGUCGACCUCCACCAGAUCAACGGCCCAAAACGGAUCGCCGGUUCACGAGUCCCACGCAAGGAGGCACAGUGGAAGCCAUCAGCACAGCAGCAGGCAUCAAGACGACGGCGAUCGCGUCCUACUCCGGCGCCGGCGACCCUCCUAGGCCGCCUCCUCCAGGAUCGUCCCUUGCAUCUAUCUCCUAACUCAGAAGCAGAUAUGAAUUACAUCAUCGGCGCCUUCAAGCCGCCGUGCGACAUCUUCGUCACCUUCUCCGAUGAGAGGAGCCGGAAGCAGGUGCUGAUAAAGAAGGACAACGGGAAGACGGCCAUGGUGCCAGCCUUCCAGAGCCUGGAGACCAUAGCCGGAGAGGUGUCCAUCGCGCCGGUUCCUGGUAAAAGGCUCGAGCACACGGGUGUUAAGAUCGAGCUGCUGGGUCAGAUAGAGCUAUAUUUCGACAGAGGCAACUUCUACGACUUCACUUCAUUAGUGCGUGAGUUAGAUGUUCCUGGUGAAAUCUAUGAAAGAAAGACUUACCCAUUUGAGUUUUCUACUGUUGAAAUGCCGUAUGAGUCAUAUAACGGGACAAAUGUCAGAUUGAGGUACAUCCUGAAAGUGACAAUUGGCAGACAUUAUGUUGGCAAUAUUGUGGAAUCCCGGGAUUUAUGUGUAAGGAACUAUUCUCCGGUUCCCACUAUCAACAACAGCAUCAAGAUGGAAGUUGGCAUUGAAGAUUGCUUGCAUAUUGAAUUUGAGUACAGCAAAUGCAAGUAUCAUCUCAAGGAUGUCAUCGUAGGGAAGAUAUAUUUUCUUCUAGUCAGAAUAAAGAUAAAGAACAUGGAGCUUGAGAUUCGUCGCCGUGAAUCUACAGGAUCUGGUCCUAACACAUAUGUUGAGACUGAGACAUUGGCGAAGUUUGAGCUGAUGGAUGGUGCCCCAGUUAGAGGAGAAUCUAUUCCAGUGAGACUAUUCUUGACUCCAUAUGAGCUGACCCCGACUUACCGCAACAUAAACAACAAGUUCAGCGUCAAGUACUACCUGAAUCUGGUCCUUGUCGAUGAGGAAGACCGGAGGUACUUCAAGCAGCAAGAGAUCACGAUGUACCGCCUUCUGGAGACUCCAUAGUCUUCAUAGACUCCCAACUGUUGAGACUUGGGACCGGUCAGAGGCAUUUCUACGCUCUGGCGCAAGAGAGCACCGGAGAUAGUAACUUAGAUUGAUGUGUCUUCCUUCCUGUAUAUAACUCUCCAGAAGAGCAAUGCGUUUCCAAUGUGCUAUGUGCUGUUGCGUUCUUUUAUUCGGCCUUUUAACCCGUUCAAUCUUCGUAGGAUACAACCAUGAAAAUGCUUGUAUCUAUGUACCUUCACCUUGUAAUUCAUUUCUUGUUAUCGUUGAACAACUGUAGGAGAACCAUGUCUGAUGUUUAUAUUUGCUUCAUGACUUUAGUUCGUUGGAAGUAAGUGAUUAUGUGCUGCGUCUCUAA